CUGCGCGGAGGCAGUUGGAGGGAGGCCCGAUUCCCCUUUGUUCGACUUCGCCAUUUUGCGAGGCAGCGGCAGUGGCGGCGGCAGCGGCGGCUGGAGCCUCUGAUUGGGUUUCGGGGUCCGGUACUGGAGCCAAUCAGCGCGGGCAGCGAACCGGGGGAGCGAGGCACGGAGUGCAUCUGGCAGUCCUCUAGGAUCUCCAGCGUGACACUGACUGCGGACAGGACUCUGACUUGGAGGGACCAUGGAACAGUAUGCAGCAAACAGCAACAGUUCAGCAGAGCAGAUUGUUGUACAGGCCGGACAGAUUCAGCAGCAGCAGCAGGGUGGUGUCACUGCUGUCCAGUUGCAGACUGAGGCCCAGGUGGCAUCCGCCUCAGGCCAGCAAGUCCAGACCCUGCAGGUAGUCCAGGGGCAGCCAUUAAUGGUACAGGUCAGUGGAGGUCAGUUAAUCACAUCAACUGGCCAACCCAUCAUGGUCCAGGCUGUUCCUGGUGGACAAGGUCAAACCAUCAUGCAAGUACCUGUAUCUGGGACACAGGGUUUGCAGCAGAUACAGUUGGUCCCACCGGGACAGAUCCAGAUCCAGGGUGGGCAGGCCGUGCAGGUGCAGGGCCAGCAGGGCCAGACCCAGCAGAUCAUCAUCCAGCAGCCCCAGACAGCCGUCACUGCUGGCCAGACGCAGACACAGCAGCAGAUUGCUGUCCAGGGGCAGCAAGUGGCCCAGACUGCUGAAGGGCAGACGAUCGUCUACCAGCCAGUUAAUGCAGAUGGCACCAUUCUCCAGCAAGUUACAGUCCCUGUUUCAGGCAUGAUCACCAUCCCCGCAGCCAGUCUGGCAGGAGCACAGAUUGUUCAGACGGGAGCCAGCGCCAACACCAACACAACCAGCAGUGGGCAAGGGACUGUCACCGUGACACUGCCAGUGGCAGGCAACGUCGUCAGUUCAGGCGGGAUGGUCAUGAUGGUACCUGGUGCUGGCUCUGUGCCUGCAAUCCAGAGAAUCCCUCUCCCUGGGGCAGAGAUGCUUGAAGAAGAGCCUCUCUAUGUCAAUGCCAAACAGUACCACCGUAUACUUAAGAGGAGACAAGCUCGGGCUAAAUUAGAAGCAGAAGGGAAAAUUCCAAAGGAGAGACGGAAAUACUUGCAUGAGUCUCGGCACCGUCAUGCCAUGGCACGGAAGCGUGGUGAAGGUGGACGAUUUUUCUCUCCAAAGGAAAAAGAUAGUCCUCAUAUGCAGGAUCCAAAUCAAGCGGACGAGGAGGCUAUGACACAAAUCAUCCGCGUGUCCUAACCCCAGGCCUUGCGAUGGAGCCAGUCGAGGCCAUCUUCCUCACGCUGUUUCCCACCGUUCAGGGAAACUGAUCACCUCUUCCGAUGGGACACUGACGACCACAUUCUGCCCUUUUCUACAGGACAGAAACCACUUAGUUUUUAAUAAGUGGCUCAGUAUUAUAAUUGCAAGGAUGUCUGGCAAACUGAAGUUGCAAGCCUUUGUCUCACCCUUUCAGUCAGGACUUCUCUCAGACUGUUGCUGACAUUGAUAUUUCAUGGAUUGGGAUGAUGCAAGGGACUCAUGCCAGCCCAGCAGUACACACAUAGCACUUGUGUUGACUGGUGAUGCCAGCCAGCCAUCUGAGCAGAGAACAACUUUCUCAACAUAAACUGCAAUUGGGGAAGCUGCAGCCCAUUACUUCCCACAGAUUCUGAACAGUACCCAUCCCUCUAAUGGGAGAUCUCAGGCUGACUGAUGGACCUUUUGUAUUCAGAGAUGGUUUCCAGGCAAGGAAGCUCCAUCUCACGAUAUGGAAACAAUAAAUUCUGAGAUACAUUCAUCUAAUCUGUGGUAAUAAUAAGAAUCUCUUCUACCCAGAUGAUAGAUUGGGAUUUUUGGACUCCAGCCAAGAAAAAGUUAACUCUGGGGAUAGAAUGAUAAAAGAUUGAAGCACUAAAAACAUAGAUUGCGAGAUCUCUUGGCUUUCACAAGGUGUGGUCUACUUGUCUGUCUGGUGACAGGUCACAUCGACCACAGUUCUUGCUGAGGCUACUUGUAAGACGAUUUUGAGGGUACUGGACCUUGAAACUGCCUUUUCUUAGUAGAAAACAAAAUUAUACAACUUCUGUACUGAAGUAGUGAGGAUAUGUAUAGUAACUCCAAAACAGCAAAACUAGAGAUUUUCAAUCAUAGGCUUUGUGACAGCAUUUGGGGAAUAGAAAGGUUUGUGUGUGUUUCAGUCCAGAAGGACAAAGACUAGUAUAUAUACCCUUGUGAUGUCAUAUAGCAUGAUUCGCCAGUGGAUGGAUGCCUGGGAUGGAUCAUUAUAAUGAAGAGAAGAAUUUACAUUUAUACUAUAACCUUUUAACAAGCAUGGAAAGGGAAGUCUGAAAUUUGAUUCUUGACAGCUUCUGGAAAGCACUGUUUAGUCAAGCUAGCUGGGACCUAAUCCAGGUUGCCUGCUAGAGCGUGGGGUGGAUGUUGGCUUCACUCCUGCUGUGCUUUGUGCUGGCCCGAGAGAGGGAACGUUCUCAUUUUUCCCAUGGCAGCUGAUUCUUUGGUACCAGUUUCCGCUCGUUUCCCCUUUGCUCCAUAGGUCUUGUGCAGAAAGGCUUUCACUUUGCAUCCAUGUUCUGGGGGUAAGGUGGAGAUAGAGAUUCUUGCAGGGUCAGGAGCAAGGCUGAAGCCCCUAGAGUAGGCUGUGCGUCAGAAAAACAUGUUUCUUUUCUAGAUGUGGAACCCUGGGAGAACUAAGGUGAUUUCAGAAGAGUUGCUGGUUUUUUGUUGUGGUGGUUUUUAGAAACAAGGAAAACUUUGUAAUUCUUUCAAAGAACAUUUGGUUUUGAUUUUAAUACCAAGACUAGCCGAUUGGCUUUUCCUUUGAUAUCACUCUAGCUGUAUUAAGAGGGAAAAGAAAUUAAACCCACCAAAGAAAACAUCACAAAA